CGAUCGGCCUGAGAACCAAGUUUUGUGGCGACGUGAUGUGUAAGUACGUUGCCGACAACGACUACGUCAUGAAAAUGUUGUCGGUUGUGAUACGGAGCACGAAAGGUUAAAAAGUGAGGCUGAAGGAAAAUCUGUGGAGUCUUUAUUUUGUUACAAUGGCGAAACGAAUUGCAUCUUCGGACUUAAACCAUGAUAACUGGGAUAAGGAAGACAAGCGUGAAGAAGCGGGAACAUUUCGCAAAGCUGAUGACAGUACCCUUCAGUCACGAGUAAUAAGACAGGCUAAACGUAGAUCAACAUCAAGCCCUUAUAGUUCUUCAGGUACACCGCCGAAAACGGGUGAGACAAAAAGUGUGUUUGCAAACUUCAGUGGAUUUAAAAUGCCUACCAGUACAAGUACAGUCACCUUCAAUUUCGGCAGUGGCGGAACAGCAGCAGCUGACGGAAGUUCAUCAUCAAAAGAAUCUUCCAGUGCCCCUAUACAACAAAAAAAUGGAGUUUUGAAAGGAAGUUCAAAUGAAAUGUCUACUAGAAAGGACGCUGAAGGUAAAAAUGAUAUGGACAGAUACACUAAGAAGCCAAAGGAAUUUUAUGCAGAUUUGAGGGCGCUUAAUGAAUGUGUGUCAAAGUGGAUAAAAAUGCACGUGGAAAGAAAUUCAUGUUGUAUACUUACACCAGUGUUCAAAGACUAUGAAAGACAUCUCAGUGAUCUAGAAGACAAGUAUAAAACAUCAAAAAAUGUUGAUACAGAACCAUCCAAGAAAGAAAUAUGGAGUAUACCUGCAGCACCUAAAGACAUUAAAAGUGUUGCACAAGAAUCGUUUAAUUUUUCUUUUGGAUUAAAAAGUUCUGGAGACAAAUUCAGUUCAAGUGGUUAUUUUUCGACGCCCCCUAUAACAAAGACAUUAGACAGCAAAAAUGUCCAGGAAGAGCCCUCUAAGACUCCAAGCAGCUCUGUUCUGUCUCCAUUUAACCAGAAACUUGUGUCCCCAACACAGGCUUCAACAUUGUCUUCUUCUGAAGAGAAGAAUAAGCCACCAUUGCAGUUUUCCUUUGGCAGCCAGAAGCCAUUUACAUUUGCAAAUGUUUCAAAGCCAGAGGGAGGAUCUGGUGAGAAUGAAAAAGAUGGUAAAGAUGACAAUGAAGAGCCACCCAAAGCAGAAUUUACCCCUGUUGUUGAGAAGGAUGCAGUAUACUCUCAAAGGUGCAAGGUGUUUGUAAAAAAAGGAGGGUCUUUCCAGGACCGCGGUGUUGGCACAUUGUUCCUGAAACCAGUGUCAGGUGGUGCCAAGACACAACUGCUAGUACGUGCAGAUACCAGUCUGGGCAAUGUGCUGCUCAACACUCUCCUCUUCCAGUCUAUGCCUCUGCAGAGAAUGGGGACCAAUAAUGUGAUGUUAGUGUGUGUACCUACACCUGAAGCAGAACCGCCUCCAAUACCGGUCCUCCUAAGAGUUAAGACAGCUGAAGAUGCAGAUAAGCUCCUAGAAACAUUGAAACAACAUAUCAAAUAAUCUGAACGCUCACCACAUUUAGACGUAUUUAUGAUUCUUAAUAAAUCAAAAUGAUCAUUUUUAGGAUACUUGUGAGUGACUUUUCUUACAAAAAGUGUGUAUUGUCUCAGUCUUUUGUAGAACCAAAGGAUGAUGAUACAGUUUCAUGUGUAUUUGACUUGACUGGAAUAGUCAAGCAUCUGUUCCUUGCGUGUGUUAAAAAUACACACUCAUUUUUCUAAGACUUUAUUGUAAAUAACAUGUUGCAUAUUCAGAAAAAAAGCUGACACAGUGAAAACUUUUAAAAGUUUCAUGUUUUUUAUUGUGACAUUUGAAUAAAGAUUCUUAAGUUUAUAUUUGUAAAUGAUGUUUAGUUUGUAUUACACAACUUCUUUACGUCUACAUCCUUUUAAAGAGUGGUAAUUGCUUUUCUUAGGAGAAAAUUAAACUUUGGUAUAAGCCAUUUUGUAGCGCAAAUCUCUUUUCAGAAAUAAGCUGUGCAGCUUUUAUAGUGAAAUGUCUGGUUACUGCUUUUCCUUUGUCACAUGAGAGACAUACUAAUUAGGUAACUUUACCUGUUUAACUGAUGAUGAUGAUAAGCACUGGAAAGAAUCAAGACAGCUGCUUACUCUGUCUAGGUGGUGCUGAAUAAAUAAGCCCCCCCCCCCCCAAAAAAAAAAAAAAAAAAAAAAAAAAAAAAAACACAGACCAGUGUCCCAGCAUUGUAGUCUGAUCGGGAUGAGGCAUUCAACCCAGUCAGACAGUGUGAUGAUGAACUGGGACAAUGUAGCCAUUCAUGUGUGUUUCCCUUAUUUAGAUAUGAUUGAGGGCAUUUUCCAGAAACUCAACAAUGUUUUCAGUGUCGUUUGUGCAAUUGUAGAUGGCACAACACCUCACAUAUACCUUUACUGUGUUCCUCUGUUAUACUGAAAUGUGACAAUUACAGUAGGCAGACCCACAAAAAAAAAAAGUACUUAUCCUGGCUGAAACCCAGUUCCACACAACAUUUGUGAAAGAACUCUCUGCAUAACACAUUGAAUAACGAUCCAGCCCGUGGCUUGACCAUGCAAAUCCUCAUAUCUGGAUGUCACUUUUCUUCCACAAAGAUUUCAGAGCUCUUGGAUUCUCUUAAUUGUCACAUCUCACGAACAUAAUCCCACAAAAAGUGAUUUUUAGGGCUUAAGAAUCCUGAACCACCUGUAUAUCAUUUGUAAAAUAGCCCUUUUGUGAGCAUGAUUUUCUGUACAUUCGUCUUUCGCAUAAAAACUCUUGUGGUUCACAACCUGAGCACUAUUCUAAUUGCCAUAUUAAAAACCUAUCCAACGUACUAACUUCAGACUCCUACAUUAUGAUACCCCUUCCCAUAAAGACAGCUUCAAGCACACCCCAUUUUCCUUUCCAUCUGUCCCCCAGAUCGUACAUUGUGCCAGGCUGAUCUGUUUCACUUGCUAUUUAUUUGUUAUUUAUAUUGCCAUCUAACUGUGACCCUUCUCACUUCCUCCCUAGUAUGUCGUGAUAAUCUUUCAGGUAUUGCUGAUCCUUAAAGUUUCCUCACCUUCUUCAAUUAUGAUGCGAAUCUCAUAAAAGGUAUAUUAGUUCUUGCUGCUAGAUAUGAACUGCUGCAUGCUUUCAAAUACUCUCUGAGAGUUUCGAAAGGUUUCACAGGCUUUCAUGACAUGUCGAUGAAGAGUUUAUGCAUCUGGGUGGUCUGCUACAUGGACCACUUUUUUUAAGGUGCCCCAAGAGAGAAUAAUCCAAAGGACUGAGGUUGGGGUAAUGUGCAGGCCAUGGAAUUGGUCCUGCUCUACCUAUCCAUGUGCCUUGGUAGUUACCAGCCAGUGGAUCUUGAACACUGAGACUGAAAUGUGCUUAUUGCAGGAGGACAUCGUCUAUUAGUUCUUGGAGGAUGUCCCUGUAGACGGCACCCGUAAGGUGCGCUGAAAAAAUGUAUGCCCUACCAGCUAGUCACCUAAAUGCACAUUAAUCUUAUGCUGAUGCUGAUGUAUAGCCUGUACUGUAGUGUGAGGAUUGCAGUCAGCCCAUAUAUGUUGGUUGUAGAAAUUUAUUCCAUCUCUUUGAAACAUUACCUCAUUGGUAAGCAAAACUGAAGAGAGAAACAAUGGAUUGGCAGGUGAUGCAACAAAACAUCAGCACCAGUUUUCCUGUGGUGAGUGAUUGGUGCAAGGUCCUGCAUGUGUUGAAGAGGAUACUAUUACACAAGUUUCUCGUGAAGCAUCCUCCAUGCUGAAAUUGGAGAUGUACCACAUGCCAGGAUUAUUUAUCAUGCAUUGAUACCUGUCUCUUCUUGGACAACCCAUAGAAUUUGCUUCUCCUGGUCAGGAGUGUGAGCAACAUGUGAUUUUCUUUGAUCUAUAAUAUGUGGUACUACCACUCCAGUCUCAGCAAUCCAAUAAUGCACAGCACAGAAGGAUGGAAGACUUGAUUGUCUUCGAUCUGGAUAUGCAGCAGUGCAGCUUCGUGUCCACUAUGAUUUGUGUAGCCUUACGCAAAAAUCGUGUAUGUGUGCUUACGAAAUGAAUAGCCUGCCAUGUGUGAGUGGAGCACUUUCUGUAGACUCACUAUCUCUAGCACAAGUACACAAUGGGGACAUAGUGAAGAGAGACGAAUGACAAAUGUAAACUAGUCUCACUGGCAUCGCAAUCCUGUCUAGGAGCAACAAAUCAAAUGGGUGCAUAAAUAAGUGGAGUUGUAUCUGGAAAGCUGUUCAGCAUCAACUUUCAUUAACAACUCGUAAACAAAAGAUUUUUCACAUUUUUGAUGUAGGGAGCCUGUCCCCAAAGUUUGUGAAAGUAUUUUGGAAACAAGGUAGAAUACUUCUACCUUUCAGCUUUCUCUCCUUUGUUUAGUACAAGUUUGCCAUCUGAGCUCUUGAUGCUCGUAAAUGUGCUCCUGUUUUUGCCAAAGAUUUCUUUAAUUUUCUUAUUGGUCACAUCUGUCUUUCCCCUAGUCAAGAAUGCUUCUACAUAUUUGGAUGUCUCCCCUAGCCAUUCCCUCUUGUAGUUUAUGCAGAUUAACACAGCUAAAUGACAGGUAACAACUAUUUAAGGGACAAAAUAAACUUAUGCUAUAUUCACACAACUCUUAUUAAUACAUUUGACUACCAAAUAUAUAUUACAUUGCCAUCAACAAACACGGAACAUGUACUUUCCCCAGAGUCUAAUGCACUCUGCACAUCAUAUCUUGUGCACCACUAUGCAUGCUGGAAAAUGUUUGUUCACGUAUCCCCAACAGCAUCAACUCUUCCCCACUACAAGCUCCACAACUACACUGGUGCAACUUCGCGAUUGAUGAUGUCACAAACAGACUGAUGAAUGGAUACAUAUAAACAUUUUUGGCAUGCUGAGCUUGUUUGAGGCUAUUUGCUUUCUGAGUUGAUAAAUCCUCUAAUAAUGUCUCCAGCAUUGGAAGAAAUAAUGUUAGCCAGAGAGUUACGCCUUUGACCACAAGCUUUAUGCCCAAAAACAAAUAUCAGCAAUAAUGGAAAUACUCUCCAUGUAAGCCAGCACUCUAAAAAGACUCAUUACUGUUUGCUUACAUGGCUGACGAACAACUGCUGGGAACAGUAACAGCCAUCAAAUAUCUGAGAGUAUGUGUAUAGAGCAAUUUAAAACUGGAACCAUAACAUAUAACCAAUCGUAGUAAAGGUAAAUGCCAAACAGACAAGUUGAAGAAUCUUCAAAAAUUGUAGUCUAUCCAUAAAGAGGUAGUUCACAAAACCUUCUUUCAGCUGCUACUUCAGUAUUGCUUCUCAGUCUGUGACACCAGGUAGGAUUGAGAGAAAAAGCAGAACAUACAAAGAGCAGUGAGUUUUGUCAUGGGUCCAUUUAUGACAUGCAAAAUUGUCAAAGAAAUGUUUGUCCAACUCUCAUGGCACAAAGUGGAAGUUAGGUGUUGUAUGUCACUGUGCAGUUUACUCUUAAAUUUCCAAGAGCAGUAAUUACUAGAAGAGACUAUAAUCAAAAGACCAUAAAGGUAAAAGUAGACAGAUUCAAGCCCACCAGUCUCUUCCUGAGCACCAUCUGUAGAGGAGAAGUGUGUGUGUGUGUGUGUGUGUGUGUGUGUGUGUGUGUGUGUGUGUGUGUGGAGGGGGGGGGGGGGGUGACAAAGGUACACGAAGUACCCUCCACCACAAACCAUGAAGCAGCUUGUAUGGAUGUAGAUCUAGCAGGAUCCAGGGCUACCAGGUGCAUAUGCAAUUCCAUGCACGCCACGAAGUAAAUCAAUCUCUCCGGAAGUUGCAUUAAAACAAACACUUCACUCCACUGUGACAAAAACUUGUGCUGGAAUAUAAGUAUAAUUUCAAACAGAAAUAUUAAUUUAAAAAUGGUUCAAUAUCAGUGCUCUGUCUACUGCAGUUUUGAAGUAGUAUUUGAAGAGCACAGGAAAAGAAUGUGCUUUGUCUACAUUAUCAAAAUGUUCAGGAGAGCUAUUUUAAAAUUAGAAACCAAAUUUCAUGGAUGCUUAUGGACAAAAUUAAUAAUACAAAAGUCAUUUGGAAUGACAUGUUGUAUACAUUAAAUUUCAUAUAAAUUGAUACCUUAAGUAUUAAAAUUGUGGUUUUAUUGACAAUAUUGAAAGUAAUGUCGUGUUACAAGGAGAAAAACGUGCUACUUGUAUACAGCGGAUUAGACGGUAUUGCAAAUAAAACUAUUUUUUGUUAACCAUCCAAGUGUAUCAGAUUAUUUUUCAAUGGAAAACAAUGUUUGAAACAAUAAAGAUACUUCUUGGAAAGCA